UCCGAGGCGGGCGCGGGCUGAGAGCCCGGGAUCCCCGGGACCAGGCGCUGCCAAGACGUUGCGCGCUGCCACCGGGGCCCGCAGCUGAGAAUAAAUAUGGCAGAGCUUUCUGAGCCAGAAGGACCCGUAGAUUGGAAAGAAAGAUGUGUAGCUCUGGAGUCCCAGCUCAUGAAAUUUAGAGUUCAAGCAAGCAAGAUACGAGAGCUCUUAGCAGAGAAGAUGCAGCAGCUUGAGAGACAAGUUAUUGAUGCUGAACGUCAAGCAGAAAAAGCUUUUCAACAGGUACAAGUUAUGGAAGAAAAGUUAAAAGCAGCUAAUAUCCAAACCAGUGAAUCAGAGACAAGGUUAUAUAAAAAGUGUCAAGAUCUGGAGUCUCUAAUACAGGAAAAAGAUGACAUCAUUCAAAACUUGGAACUACAACUUGAAGAGCAGAAACAAAUAAGAUUACAAGAAGCUAAAAUAAUAGAAGAGAAAGCAGCUAAGAUCAAAGAAUGGGUAACAGUUAAGUUAAAUGAGCUGGAAUUGGAGAAUCAGAAUCUUCGUUUGAUCAACCAAAACCAAACUGAAGAGAUAAGAACAAUGCAGUCAAAACUACAAGAAAUUCAAGGAAAGAAAACGUCCAUUGUCUCUACACUGAAGCUUUCAGAAGGCCAGCGCCUGAGCAGUUUGACCUUUGGCUGCUUUUUAUCUCGAGCAAGGAGUCCUCCUAAAGUAGUAAAAGCUGAGGAAAUGCGCAAAAUUUCAUCUAAAGAACCUGAGUUCUCUGAAGGAAAAGACAUAGAAGAAAUGGAAAUUCCAGAAAAGUCUGUUGAUAACCAAGUUCUAGAAAACAGCAGAGGCCAGAGAACAUCACAUCAAACUCCUUGUGGCUCAGAACAGAAUCGGAAUACAAGGACAAGCUUUGGAACAGAGGGGGGCAUAUCACAGAAUUUGGGAGCUCCAGUGAGUGACUGGAGUUCUGAUGAGGAAGACGGGAGCAAAGGAAGAUCCAAGUCCAGGUGCACGUCUACCCUUUCCAGUCACACAUCAGAAGAAGGAGUCCAGUGCAGCAGGACGGGGAGCGAGACGUAUCUGACAGCAUCUGAUGACAGUAGUUCCAUAUUUGAAGAAGAGACUUUUGGCAUAAAGAGACCAGAACACAAGAAGCUUUAUUCUUGGCAACAGGAGGCACAAUGGAAAGCUCAGAAUAGUUUUCUUGGAAAGGGAAAUUCUGAAUCAAGUAAAAAGGAACAAGAUAGUUCCUCAGAUGAACUGAAUAAAAAAUUUCAGUCUCAGAGACUGGAUUAUUCAUCUUCAUCAAGUGAGGCCAACACCCCAAGCCCUAUUUUGACCCCAGCUUUAACUCCAAAACAUCCUAACUCACUCCCUGGAAAAGGAACACAAUUAGUGCCUUCAUCAAACCUGCCACCCCCAAAGCUAAGGAUUCCUAAUGUUUUCAGUAUAAGUGUAGCACUAGCCAAAAGGCACUUAAGCCAGCCACAGUUAAGUUCUGACAGGAUGUUUGGUACAAACAGAAAUGCGAUAAGCAUGAUACGACCACUGAGACCUCAGGAAACUGAUCUUGAUCUAGUUGAUGGUGACAAUACAGAAAUUUUAGAGAAUAUGGACACGAGUUGUGAUGAUGGAUUAUUUUCCUGUGACGCCCUGGAAUCUCCAUGUUCAGAUGAGCAGGAAAUCUGUGACUCUGCAAAGAAGGCAGCAUGUAGCAAACCUCCAACUCCUCCCUUGCACCGUUUUCCUUCUUGGGAAAGCAGAAUUUAUGCUGUAGCCAAAUCAGGUAUUCGAAUGUCUGAGGCUUUCAAUAUGGAGAAUGUGAAUAAAAAUUCUGUUGCAGUGCUUUCAUAUACUACAUCGGGACUUUAUACAUCUCUGAUAUAUAAGAAUAUGACAACCCCAGUGUAUACAACUUUGAAGGGGAAAGCAACUCAGAUAAGUAACAGCCCUUUCCUGGAUGACUCCUCCGGGUCAGAGGAAGAAGACAGCUCCAGAUCUAGCUCCCGGACGUCAGAGUCAGACACACGCAGCAGGAGUGGGCCAGGCAGCCCUAGAGCCAUGAAACGAGGUGUGUCUCUCUCCUCUGUGGCUUCUGAAAGUGAUUAUGCUAUUCCUCCUGAUGCGUACUCCACAGACACAGAGUACUCACAGCCAGAGCAGAAGCUCCCUAAAACUUGUUCAUCUUCUAGUGAUAAUGGGAAAAAUGAACCACUGGAAAAAUCUGGCUAUUUAUUAAAAAUGAGUGGUAAAGUCAAGACAUGGAAGCGGAGAUGGUUUGUUCUAAAAGGUGGUGAAUUGCUUUACUACAAAUCUCCGAGCGAUGUAAUUAGAAAACCCCAGGGCCACAUUGAACUUAGUACAUCCUGCAGUAUUUUAAGAGGUGAUAACAAACAAACAGUUCAGAAGACAACAUUUGCUAGAAAGGUACAUUAUCAAUGUUUCCAGUGGAUUAUACCUGAAAACUCAAAAAUUCAGAAAGGAGAAUCAGAGAAAGCUUUGUCUUGGGAUUCUCCCAAUAUAUUGGAAGAAUGGAUUAAGGUGUUACAGAAUGUUCUUCGAGUACAAGCUGCCAACCCACUUUUCCUGCAGCCUGAGGGCAAACCAACUGUGAAGGGAUUGCUCACUAAGGUGAAACAUGGCUACUCCAAGAGAGUCUGGUGUACACUUAUAGGAAAGACAUUAUAUUAUUUUCGUAGUCAAGAAGAUAAGUUUCCUUUAGGUCAGAUCAAACUCUGGGAGGCUAAAGUUGAAGAGGUCGACAGAUCUUGUGAUUCAGAUGAAGAUUAUGAAGCCAGUGGGCGUAGUCUGUUAUCCACACAUUACACAAUCGUCAUCCACCCCAAAGACCAAGGUCCCACUUACCUUCUAAUUGGAUCUAAGCAUGAAAAGGACACUUGGCUUUAUCAUCUGACUGUUGCAGCUGGAAGUAACAAUGUAAAUGUUGGAUCUGAAUUUGAACAACUUGUUUGCAAAUUGCUAAAUAUAGAAGGGGAACCUUCCUCUCAGAUAUGGAGACACCCCACUUUGUGUCACAGCAAAGAAGGAAUCAUUUCCCCUCUGACAACACUGCCUUCUGAAGCUCUACAGACAGAAGCUAUUAAAUUAUUUAAGACCUGCCAGCUUUUUAUAAAUGCUGCAGUUGACUCCCCUGCGAUUGAUUACCACAUAUCUCUAGCCCAGAGUGCUUUACAAAUCUGUCUGACACAUCCUGAGCUACAGAAUGAAAUUUGCUGUCAGCUUAUUAAACAGACAAGGCGAAGACAGCCACAAAAUCAACCAGGACCAUUGCAGGGUUGGCAGCUCUUGGCGCUCUGUGUUGGGCUCUUCCUUCCCCAUCAUCCUUUCCUGUGGCUCCUCAGGCUCCACCUAAAGAGGAAUGCAGAUUCCAGGACAGAAUUUGGAAAAUAUGCCAUUUACUGCCAGCGAUGUGUAGAUAGAACUCAACAAAAUGGAGAUCGAGAAGCCAGACCCUCAAGAAUGGAAAUUCUUUCAACUCUUCUUCGAAAUCCUUAUCAUCAUUCUUUACCCUUCAGUAUACCAGUACACUUCAUGAAUGGGAUAUAUCAGGUAGUUGGGUUUGAUGCAUCCACCACAGUGGAAGAAUUUUUGAAUACUUUGAACCAGGACACAGGAAUGAGGAAGCCAGCCCAGUCUGGAUUUGCAUUGUUCACUGACGAUCCUUCCGGCAGAGAUUUAGAGCAUUGUCUUCAAGGAAACAUCAAGAUUUGUGACAUUAUUUCUAAAUGGGAACAGGCUUCCAAAGAACAGCAGCCUGGAAAAUGUGAAGGUACAAGAACUGUUCGUCUGACUUAUAAAAACAGACUAUAUUUCUCAAUGCAAGUUCGUGGAGAGACUGAUAGAGAAAAGUUGCUGUUAAUGUAUCAGACAAAUGAUCAAAUAAUAAAUGGACUUUUUCCUCUGAACAAGGAUCUGGCAUUAGAAAUGGCAGCUCUUUUAGCUCAGGUGGAGAUCGGAGAUUUUGAAAGACCUUUCUCAACUCCAGCAGGACAUAUUACUAAUCAGUGCAAAGCAAAUCAAACUCUAAAACAAGUCAUAGAGAAAUUUUAUCCCAAAAGGUAUAGAGAUGGCUGUUCUGAAGAACAGUUAAGGCAGCUUUGCCAGCGACUAUCAACCAGAUGGAUGGCCCUCCGAGGACACAGUGCUGCUGAUUGUGUACGAAUUUAUUUGACAGUAGCCAGGAAGUGGCCAUUCUUUGGUGCCAAGUUGUUUCUUGCAAAACCCAUAAUUGCAUCAUCACUUGGAAAUACUUUCAUGUGGCUGGCUAUACAUGAGGAUGGUUUAAGCAUCUUGGAGUACAACUCCAUGAGGUUAAUAGUCAGCUAUGUGUACAAGAGUCUAAUGACCUUUGGAGGUUACCAAGAUGAUUUUAUGGUAGUCAUUAACAAUACACAUUCAAAGGACAAACCAACAGAAAAAUUACUUUUUGCCAUGGCAAAACCCAAGAUUCUUGAGAUCACUCUUUUGAUCGCCAGUUACAUAAAUAACUUUCAUCAGCAAAAAACAGCAUUUCACCACCUCUCUGCUCCAGCACUGCUCUCAGCCCGGCCCCAGGGAACCCAGACCAGGGCAAUGGGAAGCCAGCCCCUUCUGUCAAGCAGCAGACCAACCAAAGGCCCCACCUUACUCUGAAAGCCUGAGCAUUCAUUUCUUGUCCUCUAUGCAAGGGCUGCAUCCGUUCCCAACAAGUUUGUUUACCCCUGGCAGCAUGGUAUCCACACAUCAGUGUUCCAAACUUUAACAGCAAUGGGAGUGACUCUCUUUUAUCUGAUUCUUAAUUAUUUAAAUGAAUAUUAACAAUGAAAUAUAAACACAAAUUUGCCAACACGCUAAUUUUCUCUUAGAAUAAAUGGGUUAGAAUUCAUCAGUUUUUCCAUCUCCCUACCCCCUUGUUAUUAGACGCAUCAUUCAGUAUGGUGUUUUUCUUUCUUUUUAAUAUUCUGGCGAUCUUUAGAAGGGGAGAUUCCAAAUUCUCAUUUACUAAAACAGUUGAUUAUUUGGAAAUGUUCACUGCCAAAAAAGUAAGUACUGUAAUUAAAUGUUUUUAAUCAAUGAUAUGGUGUUUGGAGAGGAGUUCACAGUGUAAGAAACAGCUGUGGUGUGAAGAGUAAAUUUUAGAGCAAGUACAAUAAAUCGUCUGGGUCUAUGAAUCAUUAAAUGAGAAAGCAGGAGUUAGGUAACCUAAACCUCCUAUGUGGUAUUAGAAAAGUAUACCCUGUCACCUUUUCAGAUCAUUGGAGUGUAAAAUUUAGAAUGAGACAGUGAUUCCAGACAUUCCUUGGCUGUCAACAUAGCCCAGGUUCACUGGAAUAUUCCCCACAUUUCACUGCAUUUGGUCAUCUUGACCUUGCUUUGUUAAGUAAUAAUAUCUUUGAAAACAAAGACAAUCUUUAAAGCUUUGCCCCUCAUACAGUCCUUUCUAAUUAUAGUUUGAAAAUAAAUUCCAAAAACAUUUUUUAAAAGAAAAGAGAAAGUAAUUCUUCUGUCAAAGGAGGUAAAAUUUUAGUUGAUAGAGUCUUGAAAUGUAUUACUUUACUAGGGUACGUAUAUGGUCAGGGCAUUCCAGUAUGUGUCAAAACAGUGUAAUUAGUACUCAUGGUAAAAAUGAAACUGUGAUAAGACAUGAAAAUUAUAUUAUAAAAAUGUUCAAUUGUAAUAGUAAUCAUAAGUAUACUUAAUUUUAUUUAUGUAUAGAAUAUUUGUAUUUAUUUUUUGACAUGUAUUUAUCACUUUGUCAUAUUUUUUUAAGCAAUUUGUAAAAAAUGUUAGCUGCUGAGUUAAUUUGUUGGCAGAGCCUUCAUUAUUUUCUUCUUUGCUGCUUUCUCCUUAUGGCAAUGUACUGUUCUUACAUUAAGCCUUGUAAAAAUGUUCCAUCCCAUAUUAGCAUCCCUAGAAGGGGCACAACCAAGAAAUGCAUUGCUUAAGUAAUAUUGUGCUUUAUUUGUAAUGACAGAAGAUCGAAAAAAAAACAUUGAAAUAGAUUUCCAUUGACUAUUUCCUCUACAUCUUUUGAGCCACAACUACUCACUGAGUAAGCAAAUUAGUUUUUGAAAAUAAACUGCUUACUAGUUUGGGAUGCCUCUCAGGAGCCAUUUGGCUGUGACACAGUAGAGUUUCUAAGUUCCCAGAAAGCAAUUUCAUAAUUAGAUGGUGAGCCAGAGGCUUGGCAGAGCUGUUACUUAUAUGUGAGGCUUUAUUCUCAGGCAAUAGUUUAUUCACCAUCUGGUAAACCCCUCCCCCGAAUCUUCUAAUUUAAACAGGUAGUGAAAGUUUAGCUUAAACCGUAGUACCUUAGACGUGGCAUUUAUUUUUGAUAGAGCAGAGAUAAAAUAUUUUGAUGGAAAGAAAUCAAUUUUCUGUAACUGAUGAUGUGAAAAUUUUAUUUUCUGGGAAAUUAUAUAGCCAUUUAAAAAAUUCAAGGUAUGUUAUUAUGAUUGGUUACAAGAGAAUAAUGGUGGAUGUUUAAUUGUAAUAUUUGUCUCCUAUCAUUUUCUUUCCUUUCAAUCAUAAUAAAUGAUUUACAAAACCCA